CAUUUUUUUAAGCUGUCAUAGCUCGUGUUCCUCACAACUAAACAUCUUGGAAGCCUUGCACGGUCCUCUUAGACCUUCUUUAUAAAACGUCUAGCACUUCGAAAUCAUUUUAUUAUCGAGCCUCGGAACCUAGCUACUCGUGUUAGACCACUUAAUUAAACAUCUUGGUAACACAUUCGUUCUUAGCUGGCAAGAAGGCGAGGUUAGUUUACUACCUGCACAUCUAGAAAAACAUCACUGCCGCUGAAUCUUUGCGUUCAGCCUGGACUUCAGAGGAGGGGCAUAUUUACUACUAUACACUGAUCGACGAGUCUUUUCUACUCUUAGUAAGAACGGUAUAAUUCACCCGGAAAUGCCAAGACAGCCUCUUCCCAAUUCUGGCGCGCAUCGAAGAAGAAAAAGGCUUAUUAUUCUCACGAUGGGAAUCCAUCUCGUCAGAAUGCUGCUGCCCUCCAACUCCACAUUUCGCCACGCCUGUCAGCUUUCCUUACAUGGGUUUGUACGCAAUGCAACCACGAAAUGGGAACAGUCCGGGUUAUCGAAUCUGGGUACGACCAGAAGUCGACAACGAGAUCCGUGAGCUAUUAGCUUCUCCCUAGUCGACGACGCGCAAGCCAGCCCACAGUAGCUACUACUCUAUGUACUAAACAAGUACAAUAAGCUCAAAAGUCCAGAUGGGCCAAUUGUAGCCAAUUGUAGUGUAAGCAAAUUCCAUCAGAUGAUUCCGUUCUAGACUGGCAAACGGGUAGUGUUUCGCGAGUAUUCGGCCCCCCUUCAGAGCUAUGACAUUGCAUUACAUCUCAUUAUCCCUUUCGAGAAACGGAUCGGGCGAGAUCUGACGACAUCUCAAGGAUCGAGAACGUGUGGUUCGCUACGUUAGGUACUUAUGGACAGAUCCGCAGCCUAUUAUUGUAUCCAGCUCUUGAUGGCAAGCGAGCUUGCCGGGCAACUGGAGGAAUUCCACAAGAUCCUGUAAUCCUGCACCUGAAUUAGGUUGCAUUUUAAGGCGUUAAAAAUCUCCCUUAGAUGGUGAGAGCCUCAGCUCGAGUUGCUUCUUGUAGGGUCUUGGCCUCUUGCGCCACGACCGGCACCCCUGUUCGCAUUGGGGCGAGAACAGCUAUUUGACGCUAUUGCUGCACGCUUCAUGUAUGUAUGAUGCUCCAUGUAUAUGUGCCUUUUCGUUGGAACGUCAUGUAACAGUCACAUAGUACGACAUGUUGGCACACAGAUUUCUCA